AUGGCUACGGGUAUGGGAGAAUGGAGUGAGACAAUGGACACCACUGAGGAAACUCAGACGAUUUGUGAUCAAGUGAGUGAAGGACCAAGUGGAGAAACAGGCGAGAACUAUGGGGUUUACAAAGCAGUGAAAUACCGUGAGACUGUUGAUGAACAAAGCUUCCUUUUCAAGGUUCAUGUUGGAGGAGCAGACUAUAUUCAUCUGAGUGUCUUCCAGUUCAUUUGGCUUCUCCGCUGUGUGCCACAGGAAGUGGACAUACUGAGUGGUGUAGAGCAGCACAAGACCAAAGACGUCCCCCUCGUACCUUUCACCAACUGA